AUGGGCAGAACGAGCGUACUCACCACUCUACUGGCACUCUCCGUGAUAAACGUCGCCACGGGGCAGUACUAUGAUGUCCUGCAAGGUCUUCAGCAGUUGUUCCAGCCGUACCAAUCACCAGAUUUCCUAAACCAAUACAAUGUGCCCACAAGAUCACCACAAACAUAUAAUAUACAGUCAAACAGAAAACAGGGCAAUCAGCGUCAAACUCAAGCACCUUCGAGCCAAUAUGAAUACACAUUCGCAACAACAGAAUACCCUAUCAUCAUAAAAAAGAAUUCUAGUCAUUCAAAUCUAAACUCUCGUAAUCUAUCUAAUAAGAAUCAAAAUAGCAAUAUUCUACUUAGUGACAUAUACCCUUAUGUCACUACCAAAGCCCCUAAGUUAUGGGGCAAGCCGAUCACGACGGAAAAUUAUAAUAAUAAUUUUUAUUACAACGAUGUCCGAACGACUGAUAAUAUAUUUGGUAGUGACUUCAUCAGGCCAGUCACAGAGAAUGUAUUUGAUCCAAAACCUGCCAAUUUGAUAUAUGAAAGUCACAAUUUUGAGACGAAUUACCCAAACAACGGUAACAGGGUAAUCCAGUACAAUAAUCGUAACAAUAAUAAUAAAAAUCGGGGGAUACUGAACACGGAUUAUAAUUCGGAUUACUCCUCGACGAUUAAUAGAAAUCCGGAAUCUUACUCUAAUAAUAGAGGUAACUCUAAUAGACGGAAUAACAAUAACAGUAACAACAAUAGGAAUACGAAUUAUAAUGGGUAUUUAAACACUGAUAAUCAAAAUUAUAAUAGACCAAACAAUAAAGUACCAACAACAUUUGAAAUCCCGGAUUAUAAUAACCAAGGAGCUAAUAGAGGUGAUAAUUAUAAUCCUAACAAUAAUUACCCUUCGGAUAAUAAUCCAUUGAUAAAUCGACCAGGAGUAAAACCAGCGCCAGUUAACGAUGACCUGCCGCCGAUAACGAAUCGGCCAGUCUUUAAUACUAAUAAUGGUGUCAAUAGACCUACUGAGAGCUCUUAUCAAGCCGAUGCAGAACCUGAAAUAUUGAUAGGCCCCGAUGAGGAUGAUAUGAGUGACAGAGAAAAGAGAAGAUUUGAGGAUAUUACGGAAAGGAUGUGUGAACGUUACAAAGCCCUGACCGUCAAGAAGAUAGUGGCACUACCCCUGAUCCCCUCUCCAGAUCCAGUAGAGGUGAAUGUAUCCGAUUGCACUCCUAUAAACGUGCCCCUAAUCAUAGGGGGUAAAGUGGUCAGCAUUAGGGAGUUCCCACAUAUGGCUCUGAUUGGGUGGCAGAAGCUGAAGAAUACCGGCUACUCCUGGAAAUGUGGCGGCUCUCUGAUCAGCGACCAGUACGUGCUGACUGCUGGACACUGCACCUACCAGGAUAAGGACUAUGACGUUGUCAGUGGACCUCCCCAAGCUGUCCAGCUAGGUUCUUCCUACCUGGAUGACCCUGGAGCGCUGGUGGUGAAGGUGCUGGCAGUCAUCAGACACCCCAAGUACAAGCAGAGGAGAGCGUACCAUGAUAUAGCGCUGAUCAAACUGGCUAAUAAAGUCAAAUUUUCCGAAGUGAUACGUCCAGCAUGCUUGGGCGAGCCUCCACCGGAGGGGAAGAGCAUCAUUGCUACAGGGUGGGGACGGACGGAAUUUGGAGGAGAUCAUUCCUUCGUCCUCCGAUCCGUGUCUCUCCCAGUGUGGAAUAUGGAGGAGUGCCGCGACGUGUGGGGAACUUCGCUCAAGCUACCAAACGGGGUAACUGCGGACAGCCACAUAUGUGCGGGGGAGAAAGCUGGGGGAAAGGAUACUUGUCAGGGAGACUCCGGCGGCCCAGUGCAACUACAAUCCGGCUGUGUAUGGAGAGUCAUCGGCGUUACAUCCUACGGCAGGUCCUGUGGGGCGCCCCAUACCCCGGCGCUGUAUGCAAGGUUGCCAAGAGCGUUCAUUGGAGCCCAACUGUAUGGAGAGAAUUAUCAAUAA